AUGUCGGACGGCCAGAGUCUGGGACCGUGUCGAGAGGGCCAAUCCAGUCCGUCGGAAUCAGACAGGAGAUUUACAACCCUUAAAUAUCAACUAUUGGGCCCUUCAUUGACCAAGGCCGGUCAAGAGAGAGUGGACCAGAGCAAAGUUUCCGAAGUUAUCUACAGCGCAUCCAAAGGCUCGAAAUUUUUUAAUAGGGAGGAGGCCAGGGAUCGACUUUUGACGGAGAAGAUCGAACAAAUUCUCACAAGAAAACGUCAACUUGAACAACAGGACCUUUCACAGGAACUGAAACAUGCCGAUCGCGUCGUGCACGACAUGGAGCUAUCGAGAGAUCUUAGCCAACAUAUCGUCCACGUUGACUGCGACGCCUUUUAUGCUGCUGUCGAGCAAUUGGAACGCCCGGAGCUCAAGGAUGUUCCAUUUGCUGUUGGCGGUGGAGUCUUGACAACAUGUAACUAUGCCGCAAGACAAUUUGGGUGUCGAUCCGGCAUGGCCGGCUUCGUAGCAAAAAAGCUAUGCCCGUCUCUAAUUCUUAUCAAACCAAACUUCCCAAAAUACACUGCCAAAGCCCAGGAAAUUCGAGAAAUCCUUGCAAACUAUGACCCACGAUUUGAAAGUGCCAGCAUCGACGAAGCGUACCUUAACAUAACUGAAUUCUGCCACGAAAAAGCUAUGACCCCAACCGCUGCCAUUCAACAGAUGAGGCAAGAGAUUUACGAGAAGACGGAUAUAACAGUGUCAGCCGGUAUUGCCGCAAAUACGAAACUAGCAAAGAUUUGCUCAAAUAUGAACAAACCAAAUGGCCAAUACGUCCUACCAGCGGAUCGAACGUCGAUCAUGGCAUUUAUGAGAGAUCUACCAACAAGGAAAGUAAACGGUGUAGGCCGCGUUCUUGAGCGCGAGCUUUUGGAAAUCGGUGUGAGGACAUGUGGCGAAAUCUAUGAACAUAGGAAAUAUCUGAACCUGUUGUUCGGAGAGAAGACCUUUGAGUUCCUCAUUGCCUGUUAUCUUGGUAUCGGUCGCACUAGGGUGCAGCCUGCUGAGGAGUAUGAGCGCAAGAGUGUUGGGACUGAAAGCACUUUUCGAGAAAUGUCCGACAUAGUGAAGAUGAAGGAAAAGUUGAGAUCGACUGCAGAAGAGCUGGAGAAAGAUAUGAAACGAGCCGAGUGUAGAGGACGAACGCUCUGUCUCAAGGUCAAAUUGCAUACAUUCGAGGUUCUCACCAGACAGGUCGUGCCGCCUCGAUCCGUAAACUCGGCUGACGACUUGUACAAUUUCUCGCUGCCAAUUCUCGUCAAGCUCAAGCAAGAGAUGCCAAAUAUGAAACUACGGCUAAUGGGACUGCGUUGUUCAAAUCUUAUUAGCACCAAAAAGCCAGACACAAUGGCCUUUUUUGGUCUGAAAAGAUGCGAAACAGACGUCGCGGAGGGCCAGCUUCAACUAGAGCAAAACCAAGACACCCAGAUCAACGAUGAGACGCUUGCAUUAGCAGGUCUAGUAGCCGAAGACGGUCUGCUGUGCGGAAGCUCAGUGCAGCCAGGCGGCAAUCAAAACUCGACGGAGACAUGCUUCAGUAGACAUGGGAAGGAGAUAGUGCCCAAUCCUCAGACGGACGGGACAAGGAAGGCAGAGAAGUUGUGGGACUGCCCUGUCUGUUUGCGACCUCAGGGGGCCGAUGAAAAAGCAUUUAACAAUCACAUUGACCUUUGUUUAUCACGGCAAACUAUACGAGAUGCUAUUCAGCACCAGAUUCCCGAUAAAGGAGAGGCGGUUCAACCUGUUCAACCCGAGCUCAAGCGGCAACGCUUGAACGACAGGAAAAGGGGAAGGGGUUCCCAAGGAGAUCCAAAGCAGAAAAGGCUAUCAUUUGCAUGA